AAGAGUGCCUUGUGAAUGAUUGACAGGUAAACGACAAAGGACGUGAUUGAGAGACAUGUCAGUGCCAUUCCGGAAAGAGUUGGAGAAAUACAAAAAUAUCAAUGAAGAUGAAAUUCUGAACAAACUCUCUGAGGAUGAACUAAAACAGCUAGAGAAUGUCCUUGAUGACUUAGAUCCAGAGAAUGCCCUUCUACCAGCAGGCUUUCGACAGAAAGAUCAGACCAGUAAACCUGCCACGGGACCUUUCGAUAGAGAACGACUAUUGUCCUACUUGGAGAAACAAGCCUUGGAGCACCAAGACAGACCAGAUAUUGUACCUUUUACUGGAGAAAAGAAAGGAAAAGCAUUUGUGCCUAAGGAGAGACCGAUAGAGACUCGCACAGAAAAGAAGGUGACACUGGAUCCAGAAUUAGAAGAAGCCCUGGCCAGCGCCUCUGAUACUGAGCUGUAUGAUCUGGCAGCUGUCCUUGGAGUUCAUAACUUGGUCAACAACCCUAAGUUUAAUGAAGGAACCACCGGUCAAGACGGCAAAAGAAUUGUGAAAAAUGUGGUUAAAGGUGAAAAGGUCAAGCCUGUUUUUGAAGAGCCACCUAACUCAACAAAUGUCGAAGCCUGUUUGCAAAGAAUUAAGGCGAAUGAUCCCACUCUCCAAGAAGUCAAUCUGAACAACAUAAAGAACAUCCCCAUUCCAACUCUUAAAGAGUUUGCAAAGGCUUUGGAAACCAAUAACCAUGUGAAAAAAUUCAGCCUGGCAGCUACUCGAAGCAAUGACCCUGUUGCGAUGGCUUUUGCAGAUACUCUAAAAGUAAACAAGACACUGAAAAGUCUAAAUAUAGAAUCCAAUUUUGUCACUGGGACAGGCAUCCUCGCUUUGGUUGAUGCUCUGAAAGGAAAUGAAGUACUGACAGAAAUCAAAAUUGACAAUCAGAGGCAACAACUUGGUACUGCAGUGGAGAUGGAGAUUGCUCAGAUGUUGGAGGAGAAUGCUCACAUUCUCAAAUUUGGGUACCAGUUUACAAAGCAAGGCCCAAGAACCAGGGUAGCAGCUGCCAUCACUAAAAAUAAUGAUCUAGUUCGUAAGAAACGAGUGGAAGAACGCCAUUAGCCUUGUCUCUGAAGAGGCGAAGGAAGAAAAGGAUUUCUCAUAAAAUCUCAUAAAAUUUAGUGAUUUAAAGGGAAGAUACUGGAAAGGCUUUCGAAUGAGACUGCUCAUGUUCCAUUACCUCAAUUCAUCCCUUCCUGUUAUUUGAACACCAUAAUCCAGCCUAAUUUUCUUUUUCCAAGCAAUCAACAAUCAUGCUCUGAAUUCAAGAUCCUCUGAAUGGAAGACCAAACGAAACUUGGUGUCAAAACGGGAAGAGCUGCAAGUUAAUCUUUUGUCCCCCUUCCAUUUAAUACUAAUCUAUGAGUGAUUAGGAAAUUUUCCUGCACGUCCACUGAAACAAGUGGGAAUUGUUUAGUGGAUUGUGCUUUCUAUGUUGUACAAAUCACCACCUCCUCUUGACUCAUAGUAAGCCCAGGUCUGCUCUUUGUUUCCUGUUAUCUUUCUAGUGCUAUGUGCAAAUUGUAAAGAAAGGGACCAAGGUCAUUUUAAAACAACUUGUCAUGCCAAGGUGGAACUCUUCUCAUACCAGCACACUCUGCCAAACAAAUCAAUCUUCAAAUUCCACAGACUACAAUGUGCCAUAAACUAGACAGUCAGUAUAUUGUGAAAUAUUGCUUCUGGAGCAGAUAACUGGAGACAAAUCUCACAAUAGGCUUUGUUCAUACCAAAUUAUAAUUUUCAAUAACCUUAUUUUAGAACACACUGUAGAAUCAAACGGUCAGGAUGUGUAAACAUGCCCACUAUGGCACUGUGUUUUGUGUGAACAAAGCCACUAUGGGCUCAUCCAACUAACCACGGAUUAAAAAUUCUGAAUUAACACUAUGCAUGAAUGCAAUGCCAGACAAAAUUGGAAUUGCAAUAGAUGUUAGCAUUCUUUUUUCUUUAUAUUUAGCAACCCAUGCUUUAGUUGUACUUCUUAUCUUUCACAUUGACUGGACCUUUCUAAAAGUAGAACAAAUCCUCUAAGGAAAACAUGUUAAUUUAUCCAUGGCACAGAAUCAUAAUUAGCACAACUCGCGGCUUGAAAAAUUUUCUCAGUCAUGGCUUCUGAUUCUAGUUUUCUGGCUGACUAUAAAUCAUUACUUGAUUAAAUCAGUCCUAGCCAUGCUUUGCCUUGAUAUGAACUGAGAUAAUAAGCUAAAUACUAGUAUGAACAAACUGUUCUCCAAAAUAAGGAGUCACCAAAGGAAUCAUUAUAUUUCCUGUACAUAAAUAUGAAGAGUCAUUCAGACACUAGCUACAAGUUAAAUCCCUUCUUCAUAUCACAGUGGAGGGAUAUUAAACUGAAAACAAUUCCAUUUCACCAUUCCAUUCAUGAGAAAGCUUCAUGAAUCCAUCCUCCACGAUUGGAAGGACUGUUGAUUAUGUGCUCACAUAUGUUAUUAUUAGGUGAGCUAGUUUCCUAAUCUAAUUUGCCAACUUAAAAUAGCUUCAGCUGACCUUUUAAGUUAUUUGUUGAUCUGUGUAUAUGUAUUAAUAGGAGACCAAAAUAAUUACCGUCAACUCAUUUGAUGUAUAUAAGUGUUCUAAUAAUAAUGUUGUGUUUGUCAGAUUGCUUUUAAGGUUAUUUUAAUUUCUGAAACUAGACAUUUAUUACUGUUGGUCACUGGAUUCUUAGAUAGUGAAGAUUAAACUGAUCAGUCACUACAGGAGAUUGGUGAGAGACAUUUCAUACCCAUGUCUUGCCUAGGAAACAAAGUGUUUCAAAUUAUUCUCAAGUCAGAAAACCCCACAUUCCAACUUCAGUUAUCAGGUUACAAAAAAACCCCAUUAGUGAACAAUGGAUAGCACAAAAGGGAAUUCCUCACUAUGAUCGGGACUCCCUUUUUUGAAUUUUGAGAUCUUACUGCUUCGGUUAAAAAUUGUGAAAAAUAUUUAAUGCCAAACAUGUAUUAUACUGCGGGAAAAAUAAAUAGGAGAAAAACAAGUCUCACUUUGAACAAUGGUUAUUUUUAAAUAACAAUAGUAAUGGUUCAUGUGAAAAUCAGCAGGCAAAACUGAACGUGAGGAUCUCUGCAUAAAUGCAGAGUCAGCAUUUAAUUCCACAAGAUCUCUCUUGUGCUUUUAAAAUUCACUACAACUGAAAUGCAUCACAGUAUUAAAGAGCAAGCACUUGACACUGGGAGAAUAACCAAUAAGUGACUCAUUAUUGUGUCUGUAAUCUUUGGAAAAAAGUACUUCACUAAGAUUACCACUAACUGAAAUAAUUUUUUGUUUUUAUUUUCCUCAGUAUAAUGCCACUUGGAUGUCUUUUCCAAAACCCAGUAAAUACUUGACUAUCUCUGCUGCCAGGUAUAAAAAUACAUUUUAAAAUAAAAGGCACUGUUAUUUAUAACUAUGUAAAUUAGCUUUAUAAAAAGGAACUGAGGAUUUUCUUCCUGCAAAUUUCCACCCAAUGUAUGGCAAAAAUAAUUGGAAAAUAGCUGUUUGCACAAGCUGAAUCGUUAGUAAAAGGAUAUGAAUAUACUACUACAUUAAAAGCAUACCUAAUCAGAAAGCACAAUUUCUUUAAAAAAUGUUCCCAAAUGCUGUUUCUAUAUAGUCCAACCCAAAAAUUUCCAGGAAUGUCAUCUGAAAUAAUUUUUAGAAUCAUUUUUAAAAUACUGCAUGGAGAUUAAGGUCUCAAACCAUUUGAUCAUGACAUACUUAAAAGAUGGAUGUCCCCAAGACCGUAACACAUUCUUUUCUUUUCCCCCCAGCUUUGACAGAUUUUUCCACAUCAUAAUUUAAAUGUCUGUUCAUUAAUGUUUUUUUCAUUUGGG